UUUCACUCAUAAAACUACACAAAAAAUCAGUAAAACAUGUUAGAAGAUAAACGCCUUCCCGGGCGUACCACAAGCUGUUCCUCGCCUGGAAAGCCACGUGGAAUUCGAACUGCGCACAAGCACAAGAAUCACCGUCGCGACCAGCGAUGGCACGACAAAGAUUAUAAGAAGGCUCAUCUGGGAACCCGCUGGAAGGCUAAUCCUUUCGGAGGGGCAUCACACGCUAAAGGCAUCGUACUUGAAAAGGUUGGUGUCGAAGCUAAGCAGCCGAAUUCUGCUAUCCGUAAGUGUGUGAGGGUGCAAUUGAUCAAGAACGGUAAGAAAAUCACAGCAUUCGUACCCAAUGACGGAUGCCUCAACUACAUUGAAGAGAACGACGAAGUUUUGGUUGCCGGUUUCGGUCGUAAAGGUCAUGCUGUCGGAGAUAUCCCCGGUGUACGUUUCAAGGUUGUAAAAGUGGCGAAUGUCUCCCUGCUGGCCCUGUACAAAGAAAAGAAAGAAAGACCGAGGUCUUAAGUAGACGACCAAUAGCAGAAGAUUAGGCAGGAACGCACGAUGGGUGGAGGCAACAACGGGACAACCGACACCCUUGUGUCGAAUCGUCGAACCGGCCUAACGAAUUGCAUAAACCAUCGUCAAUAAACGAGGCCGGUUUUAUGGACCACGGAAAA